AUGUCUCGUUACUCAAGCCAAAACAGAUGUGAGUGACUCACAGCAUGUAGGUGCAAAUGGGUGCCACCAAGACGGCAGAUCCCGUGUUGGCAGCCCCAAUGGCUCUUCCACUUCUGCUACAUUUACCUGGCUUUUGAUUCACCCAGGCUGACGUAGUGCAUUUGCUCCACACAUUUUUUACCCUCCAUUGCACUCACAGCCAUUUCCGGUAGGCUCCCACAUUCUCCCCUUCCUGCAAGCAGAAUAAGUUCAGGGGCAAGUACGCCUAUCCUAAAAGGGGCGCGUACCAGCACACGAGGCAGCUCGCACCCAUCUCAACAGCGCAGCACUCGCGCACCGCUGUCUGGGAGCCCCAACUUCUCCUCGUUCAAUACGGACGAGUGCACCAGCUCCGACGACGACGACUCUGGAGGCUCAAGAUACAGCCCUCGAUCAGCUCGGUCUCAGAAACGAUUUGCGGGCGUCAGGUUGGGUGUUCCGGAAGACGCCUUGCCGAAGAUGAGCGCAAAGCGUGAAGGCAAGUUGCGAAGCGUGAGCAGUAGUCGCAACGAUAGCAGGGAUGCACACACGAUGAAGCGCUCUGCGGAUAGACGGGGCCGCAAGCGCACCGCGGAACGCAAGGCUUCCGUCCGCAAGGAGGAUUAUCAGGCCGAGCUUGGUUCGGACACUGAUUUGACGGAUGUGCCAAGUGAGAGGGAGGAUUCCAAUGGUGCAUCUAUUUCCGUUGCGGGCGCGAGAAGAUCGCGGACCCCCGCCGGCUCGGGAGGCGCAGAGAAGCAGUCCGACACUGACUCUGAGUCCGACACCGAAUCCGUCAUGGCCGCUAAGCUCAGGGCAGCAGGCGAUGGCGACUCGCUGUUGGGCUCUGGCGAGUCUGACACCGAGCGAGGCAUGAACACCGACGAAGAAGAGCAGUACAUCAUCCAACGAGCUCUGCGAAAGGAGGCUCACAAAAGACACAUGCAAGCCCAGCGCGGAAGCACACGCUCGCUCGACCGCAGGAACAGCGUCGGGAUGAACAGCAGAGGCACGUCCGGCUUGCCUGGCCCUCAUCAGAGUGUUCAUCUCAGCGGGGGGCGACAAGGACGAGCCAGCACGAUAGACGGAGACGAUGAGGAGUCGCAGCAUAGAGCCCGUCGACACCAUUCGAUGUCGCCCGACACCAUGCGGUCGUUGGGAAUCGACGAGGUUACGGAUGAGCUGUUCGAGCCGCAAGAGGUGUUUGGAUCGUCAUCUGAACCUUCCUUCACCGACUUCUUCGCUUCCGACACCGGCAGCGACAGUGAUCACAGCGUGGGUAUCCACCUCAGCCCGCACGAGGACGACGAUGAGCUAACGGAUGACAAUGAGAGCGACAUUCAUCUCGGUGAUCUUAGCGAGCCGGACGGCUCCGUCCGUGAUCCGACGCUCUUUGCACAGAUUGGCGACGCGGAUGCUAUGGCGUUGCUCGAUGCGCAAGCGGAUGCUGCAUCGAACGCCGUCGGGAACACGCAAGUCCCGCUGGCCUCAAAGUCCACUGUCCCGGCAGCAGCAAGCGCAUCUCAGAUGGUGCCGCUACUGGUUAUUGAAGACCUCGAUGGUAGGCUGAUUUACGCGCGAGCAGGCGAUGGAGAGGCUGUCUUUGGCUCAGACGGCGAGUUCGAAUUCGCGAACGACAGCGACAGCUACGACUCGACCGACGACGACGACGAUUUAGAGGGUGUCUCCGCGAGCGGGCGCGAUGAUUGGCGGCGGUGGCAAGAGGAGGCUAGUCAAGUUUACGACGACUCUGGUGACACCACCGACGAGCUUGGAGACGAGGAAAUGCCUUUCCCGCGUCUGCUCGUCGGUUCGGUCGCUCCUCGAGGGGGUCGGAAUACGAGACGCGCGCGCGCGAUCGCCGCUGCAAAGUCCCGGCGAAUCUCUUCUGCGACUGCGACUGCGACUGCUACACCUGCAGCUCGCUCUUCAAAUAGCCCCAUGCAGUGCAACAGUCUGCAACGGGCUGCGACCGCCGUGACAUCCUCAGGACAAGCGAUUUUUACAGAUCAGUCGGCUGAUAGCGAAGGCGUGGGUAUAAGCAAUCCAUUUGAGCUCGACUUCUCGAUGUCUCUUUCGGAACUGGCGCGCGAUCCGCAGGCUGCGAUCGCAGCAGCUGCAGACGCCUUGGGCAUCUCGCACGAAGAAGCGGCGAACAUUCUCGCCAGUGUCGACCUUUCCCUCCUCACAGGCAAUCAGACGCAUGUGGCAGAAGCUAGCGAAGCUCCGAGCCCCGCAUCACAGCACGCGGCACUGCCUUCAGCCGUUUCGUCGCUGCCCACCACCCCUCUAAGGCAGUCUGACACUCUCCCCGCUAUGGGGUCGUUCAUGCCCACGUCUGCAAAAGGCGUAAAUCGAGCAGUACUGAACGGCUCAAACCAAGCCCCUUCGCCAUUCACUUCGAGGCGUGGGUUGCAAAAGCGGGGCUUGGCUGCAGGGAGUAGGAAAAGGACACACCGUCGGGGGUCGGACCUCAAUCCACCGUACUCGGUGAAGCGUUCGCGACGCCAGUCCUCCACCGCGACAGGCGAGAGCAGCUCAAACAUGCUGCCUUCAGAGUCACCUACAUCGGAAGGGAGUGCGACUGCGCCUGUCGAUCCUGUAGAGCUGGACGACGUAGUGGAUGCGGCCAUGCUUUGGCGGAGCAGCGACGCGUCAUCGGACGCUUCAGAUGAUGAUAGCGGUGGGGGAGCGACGGAGAACGGAGACAAUGACGCCAUGAGCGCCUCGGGCGCGGACAUGCAGGCAUCAACCGCCACGCUGAGACCGCGGUCUGUCAGCCGCGCCUCUGCUUCCACUGCGACUUCAGGAGUGUCGAGCUCAGUCAUGGAUACAGGCCAUCUUGAUGUCAAUUUGAACGCAAUCACACGUUGGCACCGCAUCCCUAUGGGCGCUUUCCGGGAUGGCCAGGGCGUAUCUGCAAACAAUGGUCGUCAGCACUUAGGCGCCUUUCUCUUGACGCGUUCGUCUCGUCAGAUCGGUCGCAGCCCUGCUAACAAUUCAUCUCGUGCCAACAACAACGAGCACUCGCCUUUCCGCAGUAUCAACGAAGGCGCGACUAUCCACAUGGGAGCAGCGCCACGCUACGCUACACAGCUUGCCAGCCCUUCAGCAAUGGCCGUGGACGCGGCGGACCCAGACGGUGCGCAGGAGAGAAGACGGCAAGCGUUCUUUGUAUCGCCUAUAUUGUGGCCCGUCAGAUCAACCGAGGGCGCCAACAGCUCGCAGAGUGCGGCGGCAAAUGGCGUCGUGAGCGCCUCACAACUAGCUGAAGUUCCUCCUUUUGAGCUGUCAGCCUCGCGCGGCAAGGUCACGCGCCGGGAGAAACGACAGAGAAAGGCACGCAGAGCUCGAGAAGCAGCUGCAGAGACGGUUUCUGUAGCCACGCGGGAGAGCAGCGCGGCUACGGAGACAACCUACGUCAACGCUGUCGCACUGCCUGCUACACCCAUGGUGGAGGAAGAAAACCUAGCGGAGUCACCCGCGAAGGCAAUGCCCAGACUGCGCAUUUCUGAUGCUAGUCCUCGCGGCUCACCUGCUCCUUCUACAUUACGGGCAGGUCCUUUGCAAGCGGGGCCGCUGGGCAGGCACGGAGAUGGGUCGGAGCUCGGCAAACGCAGCUCCUCCAUGCGGGUCAGCGAGCCGGCACCGCCGCCGACUCUGGGCCAAAUGUCUACAGUACCCAGUAAUGGCUUGACGCCCGUGUUCGGAGCGUCCACCGUACCAAGCUCCGGCACUUCUUCUUCGAAUCAGCCUAACCAUGCCACAGUCCCAUCUUCUGCUGCUGGACUGCCCAUCUACUCUCCGCUCUUUGGCGGCAUGGUCUCUCCAGUGACCAUGGCUUUCCAAGACGACAUGGGCGAACAUGGCUCAAACGAUGAGCCGAGACCCCUUGCGAUCUGA